ACUUCCGGACUGUUUUGGUUGUGAUUGUGUUCGUAUUCCACCCCGUGAAAGCUAUAAUAAUCCCCACCUCGAUUUAAGUGUUUACGUCACCCUGAAAAACCCCUUACCAUCUCCCGAGUCUCGGUCCUACCAAACCUUCGGACGCCACUGGAUGUAAAUAACCGUGAAAUCUCUCCUCGACGAGGUGCUGCUUGCUGUUAUUAACGAGAGGAGAACUGUCAGUCAUUUGUCAAAAACUCACCUGUGUGUCUGUGGGUUGUGUGUGGGACCUCGCGUGUGUGCGUGUCGUGAUUGGUUAUUGUUAUUAUAACCGCUUAGAGGUCUAAAUCGUCUCGAGCUGUGUUAUUGAGGUGCCUUCUGGUUGUAGUCUAGUAAAGAAUAAAAGAAAAAAAAUGCCUGCCCAGACCGAAGGUGGUGCGAAGGAUUCCGGGGAGCUGACGGAGAUCCGGGUCAAGAUUGCUUACAGUGGAGAAGUGUACAUAACCUACAUCCCUCCAUGCUUAGAAGUGGAAAGCUUGGAGCAGGAAAUACGUGCAAUAUGCAAAUUUGAUGCAAGUCAAGUAUUCACAGUGAAAUGGGUGGAUGAAGAAGGAGAUCCAUGCACUAUAUCAUCACAGCAAGAGUUGGAUGAAGCUCUCAGGCUCUACGAUCUCAAUAAAGAUUCGGAGUUGACUAUUCAUGGUGAGUGGUUAAAUUCAUUUGAUGGACUGAUCGGUAAUAAUUUGUGGUAAGUGACCACCUGUAAA